AUGGUCAAGACUGCUAAGCGUCCUGAAAACCCUCGAUUCUUUGAGAACCCUGCGGACUUCAAGCCUUAUAUUCAGGGAUUACGUUAUACUGAAUUCACCAACAAGCUUGAACUGAUUGAGGAUUCUCAAGUUAUUCCUAUCUUCCAGGUUCUUGAUACGGAGGGCAAUCUGUUAGGAGACUGGAAAAAUCCAUUUCCUAACGAUGAGGAGGUUGUAGAGCAUUACAAAAUGAUGGUUCGUCUCUCCAUCUGGGAUAACCUAUGGUACAACAUCCAACGUCAAGGCCGUAUCUCUUUCUACAUCCAGAAUCAGGGUGAGGAGGCUAUGCAGGUGGGAUGUGGUCUUGCCCUGAAACCUGAGGAUCACAUCUUUGGCCAAUACCGUGAGCUCGGUGUUUUAUUUUGCAAGGGUUUUACUGUCGACGACGCUCUGAACCAGCUUUUUGCAAACAAAGGCGAUGAAUGCAAGGGUCGUCAGAUGCCUAUCUCCUACUCCAAGAAGGCGUGCAAUAUCCAUGCCAUCUGUACGCCGCUUACCUCUCAGCUUCCACAUGCAGCUGGUGCUGGUUACGCACUAAAGCUUGCAAAGACUCCUGCGUGUGCCGUUGGUUUCUUCGGAGAAGGUGCCGCAUCUGAAGGUGACUUUCAUGCUGCUAUGAACAUGGCGGCAGUACGUCAAGCACAAACAAUCUUCGCUUGCCGCAACAAUGGAUAUGCUAUAUCUACACCUGUUCGUGAUCAGUACUAUGGUGAUGGCAUUGCUAUCCGUGGCGUAGCUUACGGUAUGCCCACUAUUCGUGUUGAUGGCAACGAUCUCUUUGCGUCCUACAUUGCAACUAAGCACGCACGCGAACAUUGUGUGACAAAAUCUACACCAAUUUGCAUCGAAUAUAUGACUUACCGUCUUGGUCAUCACAGUACAUCUGAUGAAUCAUCUCAGUACCGUGGUGCUGGUGAGUUUGAGGUAUGGACUGCUGGCGGCAACAACGGUAUCGGCCGUGUACGUAAGUACCUGGAAAACAAGGGACUAUGGGACCAGGAGAAGGACGACGCAUUGACUAAGGAGGCCCGUAGUUAUAUGCUUAAGAAGAUCCGUGAGGUUGAGCAGGUGAAACAUUGCGACUUGGUUUCUGGUAUCUUCGAUGACGUCUAUGAUAAACCUCACCCGUUACUUGAGGAGCAGCGUGAAUCGUUUAUAGAGCACAUUGAGAGGCACGCCGACAAGUACAACCUUUCGAAAUAUGAAGUAAACUAG